UAAGUAGCCAAAGAUGAGUCGUGGCUUUUCAGAAAACAAUAACUUUCCGUAUGACAACAAUCAAAUGGUUUUGGAUAUGAUCCUGUGUUCACUGGUUGGCGUUCCUCAGCCUAUCAACUGGGACAGUGUGGCAAGGCUAGUUCCAGGAUACACGUCCAAAGAGUGUGCAAAAAGGUUUGAUGAACUAAAAGGCAGUGGAAGUUCACCUGUUGACAACCAGUAUAAUCCCCUGAUGGCCGCUGGUGGGAGUCCUGUGGAAAAUUUAGCUACGUACAUCAAAUCCUCCUUGCUCGAUACACAGACAGAGUUUCAGGAGCCUGCUAUUGGGCAGGAUUCCAUUACUAUAACUGGAAGGCCCAGCACAACCUCCACAAGGAAUUGUUCUUCAGAAUCUGAGAAAGAUCCUAUGCAGAAAGGUGGAGAAAGCACCGCCGAAAGCCAGGGGCCAAAUAUGGUGAUCCAUGUGUGUGAUGAAGCGAAAAACCUCAAAGAAGAUUUUGUGUGUCCUCGAGACCUUUUGAUUUCAGAAAUGAAGUACUUUGCUGAAUAUCUGUCAGUGGAUGCUCAGCGCUGGGAAGAGGUGGACAUUUCAGUGCACUGUGACGUUCACAUUUUUGACUGGUUGAUAAGAUAUGUUAAAAGGAAUGCUAAAGAUUCUGAAGCUAAUGAAAUGCCCACUUUAGAACCAUCAAACGUCAUAUCAAUUCUUAUUUCUUCUGAGUUUUUGAAGAUGGAUUCAUUAGUAGAAAAGUGUAUUCAUUAUUGUCACAAAAAUAUGAAUGCUAUUGUAGCCACGCCAUGUAACAUGAAUUGUAUCAAUGCUAAUCUUGUCACGCACAUUGCUGAUCUCUUCACUCACAAUGAAGUAGAAGAGCUGAAGGACAAAAGAGACAAAUUUAAGAGUAAACUUUUCUGCAAGAAGAUUGAGAGACUGUUUGAUCCAGAGUACCAAAAUCCAGAUUCUCGAGGAAAUGCAGCAACAUUAUACAGGUGUUGUUUAUGUAAAAAACUGCUAACUAAAGAUACAGAAAGAAGAAUUCCUUGUGUACCAGGAAAAAUCAACAUAGAUCAACAUGGGAAUAUUGUCUAUGUUCAUAUAAGAGACAAAACCUGGGAAGUCCACGAGUACUUAAUUAGCCUUCAUGAGGAAUUGAAAUCUUGGCGGGAUGUUUAUUGGCGUCUUUGGGGGACUGUCAAUUGGUUGACCUGCUCAAGAUGUAACCAAUCUUUCCUGUGUACUGAGUUCUCACAUUGCCAGUACCAUUCUCAGCCAGUUCUUUAUCCAGGUGUAGCAAGUGCUCUAGGUUCGACUGGGACAGGAGUAUAUCCCUGUUGUAACCAAAAAGUACUUCGAUUUGAUCCUACAACCCUCCCAAAGGGCUGCAAAGUGAGGGAUCAUAUGGUUGAUUUACCUUCAGGAAAAGAAGAUGGGGAUGCUUUGCCAUCUCAAACUACUAAAAUAUUGAAUGAUCUGCUUCAUCAUAGAGAUGUUAUUGUUGUUCCUUUCACUAAGGAUGAGAAUAGUGAUUCUGGCAUUGGGCUCUGUGAUGAAGAAGGCAUUGAAUGUGAUGUGCUUGCAGAACCAAAUACGCCAUGGGGUCCCAAAACUGGAGAAAUCAAUGCUUUUCUUUCUCUGAAGAACUGGACUUUGCAACUGAAACAGCAGUCAUUGUUAUCUGAAGAAGAGGAGUAUACCACUGGCUCAGAGGUCACUGAGGAUGAAGUGGGAGAUGAAGAAGAAGUAUGCAGGAAACCAGGGAGAAAGGAGAAAUUAAAGAAAUCCUACAAGCACCCAAAGAAAGUGAUUUCUUCACCUAGUAUUCAGAAAAAGGAGAAGCCGUCUGAUAAGUCAAGUUCCCGAGAUGCAUCUCCAUUCGUUGUGAGUAUGCAGCAGAACAAAUGGGAUGCCUCAAGGUCACUGAGAUUCAACCAAGAUGCCCAAAGAGAAGAUGAUCAGAGAAGAAUGUCUGAGAUUACAGGGCACUUAAUAAAAAUGAGACUGGGAGACCUUGAUCGAGUCAAGUCAAAAGACAGCAAAGAAUACGCAGGAGGCAUUUAUUCUAGACUUGAAGCUCAGAUAAAAGCCUCAGCGCAGGUCAGUGCACGACAAAACAAUGCUGAGAAGAAUGUCAGGUCAAAAUCCCGUUUUGGUCAAGGCCGUCCAACAUAA